CAAAGCAGGUGCUCAGACUAUAUAUAAUCCGCUACUAGGGUUAACUCAACCAUAAUCAGGCAGAAUACAGCCAGCCUUGGCACAAUAGACUUUUUUAGGCUGUCACUUUUUUUUGUACUAUUCCUAAUCCUGGACAAGGCAAGGGAGAAUUCUGUGUGUUUAAUAAGAUCUAAAAGCACCAGCUCUAUCUUGUGAGGUCAUAGCAGUGCUGUCUAGGUGUGGGGGUCAGAGUUCAGAACUGUGGUUGUGGGGGCUCAGUCAGACUUGGCACAACAGAGCUCACUGAGAGAGCACGUUUUUUAACAUUAUCGCAUACACGAGGAAACGGAACACCAGCAGCUUGAACUCUGAGGUAGCCACAACACUAAGAACAUGUCAGAUACAACAGAUCUUGCAGCAGCAAGACACCAAACUCCACUCGAGGCCAAAUCAAAUUCAAACCACGAGGACAAAACAUCCCUUCAGAUAUCAUCAGAAGUGACUGUGCCUCUCCAUCGCCAUACAAUGUCCGACUCACUUUACGUAGACCAGGCAUAUCCUUCCUCUUUGACAGUGGAAUCUGAAGGAGUUGGCCAGCAUCACUAUCUCGAUGAGGUGAUGCUGAAGCAAAUCGGUAAGGCGCACAUCUUGCACCAUCACCACCACCACCACUCACAUACGCUCCAUGGUGAGCAUCACAACCACGGGCACCACUACUGUCACCACCGCCGCCAUUCACAACCUCUGGAACCAAAGGCCCAUGCAAAAAAUAAAAAGGAACACAACAUCUUGCUCCCGAUGCAGAAACUAUUCACCAUUGAUACCCAUAUGGAGUCAGAACAAAAGUCUAGCGCUUUGGUCAGUAUAUCUGCAAACAGUGACAAUGAUUUGUUUUGCAUAGACCAGAAUAAUGAGACCCUCAAGAAGUUUUCUGCAAAAUGUAACUACGUAGAGCAUGUCCAGCUGAUCAAAGAUGUCCGUUUCAAAACACUCUCCAGCAUCACUGUUCUGCCGGACGGGAAAAUGGCAAUCACGGACCGAAAGGAGAAACUGUUGAAAAUCUUCACACCAGAGGGCACACUGCUCAAAAGCAUCAAUGAACACUUCAAAAACCCAUGGGGAAUUACCUCAAACAAGCAGGGACAAAUCAUCGUCACAGACUUCUGUACGCUAGACAACAAUGGCUCCAUCUAUCUAUUCGACAGUGAGGGAAAAUAUCUAAAGAGAAUUAACAUGCAUGAUAAAAAGACCUUGUUCAAGCACCCAUGGUAUGUAACCACCAGUAAAGCCAAUGAUAAUAUCAUAGUGUCAGAUUACUGGGGGUACAGAAUUACAGUGUUGGACCCCCUGGGGAAUUUUCUCUACAACUAUGGCUCGCAUAACCCAGGGGUGGAACACCUGUCCCGACCCAGGGGGGUCUGCACUGACCAGGAGGGGAAGAUAUACGUGGCAGAUACCGAGGCAAACAGAAUUCACGUCUUAUCUCAAUCAGGCAAGUUGAUUGGUCACUUGCAUUCAGAUGAAGAGAUGGCUGACAUGACGGAUUUGGAGUUUACCAAUGACGGGAAACUGAUAGUUUGUCAGUGGGAAGGAAAGAUGCAUGCAUUUAAUAUAAUCUAAAGAAAAGAAAGAAGAAAUAUAUGUACAGAGAAAUAUUUGAUUAUUUAAAAAGAUGUAAGAGAAGAGGAUUGUCACAUGGUGUUACGUGUAAAAAGUGAAAUUACUGACAAAGAUAUCCUUAAUUUUUCUUCAGCAACAAUUGACAUUUUGUAAUACAACCAUUCAUAUCCAUAAUUCAGGAAAGUACUUACUAAAAUGUUUUGUCAACACAAAUUAUCCAAUUUAGUUAUCUAUAAUUUAUACAUGGGUCAAAACUGCACGAAUGCCUCUUUGUUUUUGUUCUACCAAACUUUACUUUUAUGUGUAGUGAAAGCAGUAAUGACCAUAGAUUUAAAACCACUUGUAAAUAUCUGACAAAUAAUUUAUAAACAUUGAUAUCAUUGUUAAUUUAAGGUCAGCCUUAGGUUCAGUCUGCUCUCACAAAUGUCAUCACAAUGCUAUUAUAGUCCAUGAUUAUCUCUAUUUAGAUUAGAUUAGUAUCUGGCACAUGAAUGAAAUGUUUACCAUGAUAUAGACAAACUGUUCUGAACAGUUCAUCAAAACCUUAAUGACCAGAGCUUUGGAACCACAAAUUACUUUUUCUGUAGAACUUUUGACCCACCCAGUACUUUCCAUCAUAAGAUUGUUAUUCUAGUCUGUAAUGUAAGCAUGUAGCCUGUUGUUGUAGUAAGUUUAUAUUACUGGAAAUAAAAUUUCACAUUC